AUGGAACAACUGCAGACUGCAUUGACAGCAAUUAAGGCAUUGCGCUCGAGUGUUGGUCAAGUUUUUGAUUCUUUAGGGAAUGGGUUAAGAGCUGACCAUGGUGAGGAAAAUAAAGAAAAUAAAUAUUUACUUGAAUUGCAAGAACUUUUAACAACUGUUAAUGUUAAUCUAAGAGAUGUUGAGCAGGCUGUAAACAGUUUAAAUCCACCACCAGGACCAUUUAAUUUAGGAAGUACUACUUAUCUCACUCAGGAAACAACACAAGAAAGACAAGCAUUGUAUAGUACAUUAGUUAACAGUUACAAAUGGACUGACAAAGUUCAUGAAUAUAGUAAUGUUGCUCAAGCAUUACUUAAUCAAAACUCUUUAAAAAGAUCUUAUAAUACUACUAGUAGAGCAAAAAGAGGUAGAAUCCAAACAAGUAACCACAAUGUUCCUCAACAGCAAGUUGAUUCUUUGAUAGCUACAUUUGAUAGACUUUUUAGUGAUAUGACAGUAUCUGUAUCACGGCCAUUUGCAUCAAAUGCAGUAUUACAUGUUACACUAGGGCAUGUUUUGAAAGGAGUAAUAGCUUUCAAAGGUUUGAUGAUUGAAUGGGUAGUAGUAAAAGGUUAUGGAGAAACUAUGGAUUUAUGGACAGAAUCUAGACACAAAGUUUUUAGAAAGGUGACAGAAAAUGCUCAUGCUGCUAUGUUACAUUUUUAUUCUCCAGCAUUACCUGAAUUAGCUGUUAGAUCAUUUAUGACAUGGUUUCAUAGUCUCAAUAACUUAUUUAGCGAUCCGUGCAAACGUUGUGGUUUACAUUUACAUAGUGCUUUGCCUCCAACAUGGAGAGAUUUUCGAACUUUGGAACCUUAUCAUCAAGAAUGUAAACCAUAA